AUGGGUUACAUCAUGAAAUUCUAUACCGACGGUGGCUGCAGACGCAACGGAAAACCAGGAGCAAUAGGUGCGGCCGCCGCCGUAUUGGAGAAAAGGUCCGGAGGAACGCUUAGUUGGAGAAAAUCACUACCGUCGUAUCCAGCACCCACAAGCCAGCGGGCCGAAAUCUCCGGCAUCAUUCUUGCACUCGAGAUGGCCCUCCAAAAGUAUGACUCACUGAACACGAAUCCAUACCUGGAUGUCACGAUAUAUACGGAUUCCAGGUAUGCGAUUGGGUGUAUGACGGAUUGGAUUUAUAAGUGGACGCGAAACGGAUGGAUCAAUGCUCAAGGCUAUGAGGUUGCAAAUCGAGAUCUUAUUGAGGAGGCUUCUCGACUUGAUGAUGAAUUAAAAGAGCAGGGAGACGUGCAAUAUGUGUGGAUCCCGAGGGAACAGAAUGAGCAAGCGGAUAGGAUAUGCAACCAGAGGCUGGACGAACAAGAGGAGACGUCGUCGUACUACUCGGAUUGGUAA